AUGGUAUCUUUUCGCCCUCUUUCCCGUUCUCUGCCUCUGGCAGCUUCCCGCCCGGCGCUCUUCCACACGCGCGCUACCUCGCCUGCCCUCCGACACGCCGUCGCCGCCACGGCGCCCGGCUUUGGCAAGCGAGGAGCCGCACCUCCGGGGCGCGCGCCGGGCGGCUUCGUCCCUGGUUUGUUUCGUGCGCUGACCACUGCCCGCGAAAAGGUCAAAGUUCUUCUUGUUCUCUACGACGGCGGCAAGCACGCCGAGCAGUCUGCAGCGCUCAGCAUCAUCAAUGGGCAACGAGAAAACAAGCAAAUGAUAAAGACGCGCUCCGCUAGUGAUCGAGUCUUGACAACCCCCGAUGUGCGGGGGAACUCCAGAUCAACGACGCUAUUCUUAGACCUGGCCUGGGUUCCUGAGCUUCUCGGUACCACCGAAAACGAGCUCGGCCUCCGCAAGUGGCUCGAGGACCAGGGCCACACCCUCGUCACCACCUCGGACAAGGAGGGCGAAAACUCCAAGUUUGACCAGGAGCUCGUCGACGCCGAAGUCAUCAUCACGACUCCCUUCCACCCCGGCUACCUCACCGCUGAGCGCCUCGCCAAGGCCAAGAAGCUCAAGCUCGCCGUCACGGCCGGCAUUGGCUCCGACCACGUCGACCUUAACGCGGCCAACGCGACCAACGGCGGCGUGACCGUCGCCGAGGUCACGGGCAGCAAUGUCGUCUCCGUGGCCGAGCACGUCGUCAUGACCAUCCUCGUCCUCAUCCGCAACUUUGUGCCCGCGCACGAGCAGGUCGAGCGCGGCGACUGGGACGUCGCCGCCGUCGCCAAGCAGGAGUACGACCUCGAGGACAAGGUCGUCGGCACCGUCGCCGUCGGCCGCAUUGGCGAGCGCGUCCUGCGCCGCCUCAAGCCCUUUGACUGCAAGGAGCUGCUCUACUACGACUACCAGCCGCUCAGCGCCGACAAGGAAAAGGAGAUUGGCUGCCGCCGCGUCGACACCCUCGAGGAGCUGCUCGCCCAGUGCGACAUUGUCACCAUCAACUGCCCGCUGCACGAAAAGACAAAGGGCCUGUUCAACAAGGAGCUGAUUAGCAAGAUGAAGAAGGGCUCGUACCUCAUCAACACCGCUCGCGGCGCCAUCGUCGUCAAGGAGGAUGUAGCCGACGCCCUCAAGUCCGGCCACCUCGCCGGCUACGGAGGCGACGUCUGGUUCCCCCAGCCCGCCCCCAAGGACCACCCGCUCCGCACCGCCAAGAACCCCUUUGGCGGCGGCAACGCCAUGGUCCCCCACAUGUCUGGCACCUCGCUCGACGCCCAGAAGCGCUACGCCGACGGUACCAAGGCCAUCCUCACCAGCUACUUCUCCGGCAAGGAGGACUACCGCCCCGAGGACCUCAUCGUCCACAAGGGCGACUACGCCACCAAGGCCUACGGCCAGCGCAAGUAA